CGCUCCACAGUAUUCGCACAAGCUUUACAAGACUGUUUACUAUAUUUUACUGUGUAGUGUGUACAAUACACAUUAUUAUAUUAUUAAUGUAAAAUGUUUAUCAUAAUACAAUCCAACUACUCUCUGCUUGUUUAAUUUUGUUUUCACAGUUUCAUUCAUUUAGUUGUUAUUUAUUAAAAUAAUUACAUUGACAGUUAAAAAGUACUUAAUUAUCCUUUUACAACUUUUUUUAUUUUUGUAUUACUCCAUCUACCUAUACCACUUAUUAUUAUUGUAUUGACUGUUAACGAUUUCUUCAUCAGUUAGGUAGGUAGUUAAUUUUGAUACAAGUCGAAACUGUGAAUAUCUUGUAUAUAUAGCCAUAAUGGGGAAGCAUAAGAACGCUAUUAGUUCUGACGAGUCUUCAGAACUCAGCGAUGAUGAUAUAAGUAUAGCAAAGAAGAAGAAACGUUCCAAGGUUUCACCCUCAUCAAGUCGGAGUCAUAAAAAGAAAUCUAAAAAAUCUAAAAAACCAAUUUAUGAUUCUGAUUCAUCGUCAUUGUCAGAAGGAGAAAUAGCCGAUGAAAAGCCUAAAAAGAAGCAAACAUUUAAAAAACGCUCUAGUAAAAUAUAUGAAUCGGAUGAUUCUAAUAAUAGUAGCAAUGAAUCUGAUACCAAAACUAAAUCACACGACGUAGUAAAUAAUAAAUUUAGUGAUUCUUCAGACUCUGAAGAAGAAUUUAAUGAUGGUUAUGAUGAUGAAUUAAUGGGCGAUGAUGAGGAUAGAGAACGUCUAGCUCAAAUGACAGAAAAAGAACGAGAAACUGAAAUUUUCAAACGCAUUGAAGCCAGAGAAAUAAUGAAAACCAGAUUUGAAAUUGAAAAAAAACUUAAACGAGCAAAGAAAAAAGAGCAAAAAUCAUUAGAAAAUAAAAGUUCUCUAUCCAGUCGAUCUGAAACUUCACAUACAUCAAGUUCUAUGCCUCUUGACCUUAAAGAUAGAGUGAAAGAACGGAAAAAAAAUGUUGAAGAAAAUCGAGGAAGAGGCGAUAAAAAAGUAGCAAUGAGUUUAUUAAAAGCCCGGAGAGAAGAAAAAAGAGGGAGAGAAGAAGAAAAAGAAAAAGAAAAAAAAAAAGAAAAAGACAAAAAAGGUGACGAUGAUGAUGAAGAGACUAGUGAUAAGCAAGCUGAUCAAAAUCGAACAAAAUUAAAAGCUUCAGAUAUUUAUUCUGACGACAGUGCUUCAUCUAGUGAUUCAGAUUCAAGUUCAUCUGUCAAAAAAGAUAGGCCAUUUAGGGAUAGCGAUUCAGAUACUAAUGAAAAAAAUGUUCAAUAUAUUAGCAAACAAGAAGAACUCAAUAAAAUCAGAUUGUCAAGGUUUAAAAUGGAAAAGUUUGUACAUCUACCUACUUUUAAAAAAACUGUUACUGGAUGUUUUGUCCGUAUUGGUAUUGGUAAUUACAACGGAGUGCCUGUUUAUCGAGUUGCUGAAAUUUGUGAUGUCUGUGAAACAGCUAAAGUUUACCAGCUUGGGAGUACUCGUACUAAUAAAGGUUUAAAAUUAAGGCACGGUACAAAUGAAAAAGUAUUUCGAUUAGAAUUCAUUAGUAACCAAGAGUUCACAGAAAGUGAAUUUACCAAGUGGAAAGAACUGUGUCAUUUAAAUGGAAUAACAUUACCUACCGUUGAAGACAUCGAACGAAAAGUGAAAGACAUCAAAGCAGCAUUAGCGUACCAAUUCAAAGAAGAAGAUGUUGAAAAAAUUGUACGAGAGAAAGAACGUUUUAAAACUAAUCCUCACAAUUAUGCAAUGAAGAAGACCACAUUGAUGAAAGAGAGAGAUGAUGCUCAAGCUUUAGGUAAAGUGGAAGAUGUUUCAAGAAUAGAGCAACAGUUAUCUGAACUAGAAGAACGAGCCAAUCAUUUAGACAAAAUGAGGACAAGUACCAUUUCUAGUAUCAGUUAUAUAAACGACAGAAAUCGUAAAAAAAAUGUUGAAGAAGCAGAAAAAGCAAUUUUGGAAGAGCUAAAAGCUAAUAAAGGAAAGAAAAUCGAUGAUCCUUUUACGAGGCGAAGUACAAAACCUUGUAUGAAAUUCAGAGCUAAAGCUAAUUCGCCAGAUGGUUCUGAAGUUACAGAAGUGGAUGGGCUGAAAAAUAAUAAAUCUAGUGAAAACAAGAAUAUUGAUGGUAGCUCAAAAGGAGUGCUCGGUAAUACAAUGAAAUGUGACGAUCUCUACGCAGUUCAUGAUUUUGAUAUUGAUCUAAAUAUACAAUUGCCAAUUUAGACAAUUUAUUAUUAUUUAAAUUAAUAACAGUGGUAAAAUAAAAACCUUAAUAAUAAAUUUGGAUAAUGAAAUUGUAUUCCUAGUUUUUUUUGUGCAACAGGCACAAAUGUCAUAUGGUAAAAAUUCAUAAAAAUUUUUAAAAUGUUUUUUAUGUAAAAAUAUUUAAGCAGUAAAAUU